UGUACGAUGAUUUUGCACGUGCACAGGUGUUUGACCUUUGACCGUACUAUACUUCUCAUGAUGGCUGCCAUCCUGAACUUCAAUGUUGGUGUUUUAGGCCACAUUGACAGCGGGAAAACCUCCCUCUGCAAGGCUUUAAGCACUGUUGCUUCCACUGCAGCCUUCGACAAGCAUCCACAGAGUAAGGAGAGAGGAAUUACGCUGGAUUUGGGGUUCUCUUCGUUCUCUGUGGACGUCCCAACCCACAUCAAGGAACAGAACCCCAAGUAUGAAAAGUUACAGUUCACACUUGUGGACUGUCCAGGACACGCCUCCCUCAUAAAGACUAUCAUCGGUGGUGCCCAGAUCAUAGACCUGAUGCUGCUGAUAGUGGAUGUGACAAAAGGCAUGCAGACCCAGACAGCAGAGUGCCUGGUCAUCGGGGAGAUCGCCUGUGAGAGGAUGGUGGUGGUGCUCAACAAGGCUGACCUCCUGCCUGAAGCCAAAAGAGACCAAAUGAUAGAGAAGAUGAAGAGGAAGAUGGCCGCCACGCUCAAGUCUACCAGAUUUGCUGAUGCACCAAUCAUUGCUGUGGCCGCCAAGCCAGGUGGACCGGAGGCUCCUGACACAGAAGCUGUUGGCCUGCAGGAGUUGAUGGAUCUCCUGAAGAAGCACACCUACCUGCCGAGCCGUGAUGCCAGCGGUCCGUUCAUCUUCGCGGUGGACCACUGUUUCUCCAUCCGAGGACAGGGUACGGUCAUGACGGGUACCGUCCUGAACGGCACUGUCGCAAUCAACGACAACGUAGAGGUCGCUAACGUCAAGGAAGUCAAGAAAGUCAAGUCCAUGCAGAUGUUUAAGCAGCCUGUGAACUCGGCCAUGCAGGGAGACAGGGUGGGGAUCUGUGUGACACAGUUUGAUCCCAAACUGUUGGAACGUGGGCUGGUUUGUACACCGGGGACUCUCACCCUCAUACAUGCAGCUAUCCUGAAGGUGAAGAAGAUAAGGUUUUUCAAGGGAGCGUGCCAGACAAAAGCCAAGAUUCACAUCACCAUGGGUCACGAAACUGUUAUGGCGAGAGUGCAGUUCUUUGGUUCCCAAGACAGCAUAGAAGAGGAAGAAACCCACUUUGAUUUCACUAAGGAAUACCUGUAUCAAGAUGAACUCUAUGGGCAGGAGGGGGCAAGUAAAGGCAAGGAAAAUGGCACAGCAGACUCAGAAGCAGUACAGGCAUCUCCCAGCCAACAGUGGGCUCUGCUGGAGUUUGAGAAACCUGUGAUCUGUCCCCAGAAGUGUCUGGUCAUCGGCUCCCGUCUCGACACUGACAUUCACGCCAACACAUGUAGGUUAGCCUUCCAUGGUCGUCUGCUUGAGCCAGUGGUGGACAAGAACUACAGCGAGACUGUCCUGCCAAAGCUGAAAGUCUUCAAGAACAAAUCAAAGGAGGGAAUGGUGGAAAGGAUGACAGACGAGUACACGGUGAUCGGGAGGUCGCUCUUCAAGAAGGAGACAAACAUUCAGCUGUUUGUGGGUCUGAAGGUGAAACUGUCUACAGGAGAGGAGGGGGUGAUCGAGGGGGGGUUUGGGCAGAGCGGGAAGUUUAAGAUCCGGAUUCCGCAGGGUCUCCAGCCUGGUACGGUUCAGGUGCUCUCUGCUGCAGGGAAGAAGAAGAAAGGGAAGAAGGCAGAGGAGGAAGAAGCUGCACCACAAGCACAUGGACAAGGGAUUCAGGUCUCCCUGCAGUUCAAGAAGUACAUCUUUGAUCCAAAGAAGAAGAUGAUUCAAACAUGACAGAACUCAAAUUAGAAGAGAUCUAAGCCCACAAUUUUUAACAUGUAUGACCAUACAAAUGUAUUUGUAUGAUCAUGAUAAGUGAAUCUAAGUUGUUUUGGAAUACCUGUGUUUUGAAAUUACUUUCCCUGCAAUUCAGCAUAGUAGUAUACAGAAGUAUAUUUAGUGUAUUUGAGUAAUGCUUUCAACUGAACACAUUGUUUUCAUGGUACAACAACGUGCAGGGUAGAAUGAAGUUUAAAAGAGCACUAAUAUAUGGUAAAUUGGAUUAGGUCAGAGUUAGGUGAGUAAAAAUUACAAUAAAGAUGGACAGAGAGAAUUCAGGUAUGAAUCAGAUGAAAAUGCAGUUUUUACCCUAGUAGUGUUCAAGUGUUCUUCUAUGGGAUUGAGCACUGAAAGAAUAUGGAAAGAACUGGUGCAAUAAUGAUUGAUAAAGGAAAAGUGCCUUGACUUUAUUUCUUUUGGAAAAGACUUUCUGCUGAGAUCAGGCAUUGAUUAUGGUAACUUAAUUAGCAUAAUAAGACAUCAACAAAUGUGGAGUCAUUUAGAAGUCAUUGCUACGAUCUUCCAUGCCAAAAUUAAAACUGGUGCAGAAGUCUGCAUUAGAUUA